AUGUUGCAACCAGCAUAUCCUCAAAGGCCAAUUGGAGUAGUGGGAGUCAUUCCAUCAUUAGCACGCCCACCAAUGAUGGCUAUACGGGGUCCAGUGGGCCCUACAAUCAUUAGGCGACCCAUCAAUACAAUAACUCCAGCUGAAAAGCCAAUGACCACAGUUUAUGUUGGCAAGAUAGCAUCAUCAAUGGACAAUGAGUUCAUGCUCUCCCUUUUUUUAGAUCCCACUACUGGGGAUUUGAAGGGCUUUGGUUUUUGUGAAUUUAGGAAUGUUGAAGGAGUUAUGCGUGCUUUAAGGCUUCUGAGUAAAUUAAGUAUUGGUGGUCAGGAGCUCAUGGAAAUUGAAGAGGCUGAAAUUGAAUUGGAUCUAAUACAGAAAGAGCAGUCUAUUGAGGAGUCAUAUAAUGAUGUCACAGAUUGGAGAAAGCUUCCUUUUCUAGCCAGUAACAUUCUUUUUUUGAAUUUAUGA